GUUUUUUUGCCAGCUUUGUGCGAAGACGCAAAACCGGCCUCGAAACCCUGCCAUGGCUGUGAAGCGGCAGAGGACCACGGACUUCCUGUCCGCGGGAGAGGAGUUCCUCGAGGAGGCCUAUGAAGAGGCCGAGAGGAAGAAGCAAUUCGCCGCAAAAGCGAGGGAAUGGAGGGCGGUGGCGCAGGCCCCGCCGAGCCUGGCGCCGACGAACCUUCCGCGGCUGGAGCAGCUGGCGCCGACUGUUCCGGCCAUGGCGCCGGCCACGCCCAGCGACGCCGAGGAAGACGAGCAAGAGCUGGAACGACAGCGAGAGGAGCAAGAAAGACAAAGAAUCAAGGAUCAAUGCAAUCAGUGGUUCGAUGAGGAAUUGGCGAAGAACCCGCUGAGGCCAGAGCAUAAGACCCUGCUGGCAGAGAGAUUGCAGGCGGAGGACCAGGAGUACUACCGCAAGAAGUGGCUCCUCCAGGUGCAUGCGGAGGAGCAAAAGAGACUUCGGGAGGCGAAGCAGGCGGAGGAUGCCGCGAAGGAGCUCCUGGAAGAUAGCGCGGAGGAGAGCAGCUACGACAGCCAGGAUGGGGACAUGGAGAAGGAGGUGCGUCGCAUGCUGGCGCCCAUCCAGACGAAGCAGGAGGGCCGCACCAUUCAUAACGUGGGGGAGAACAUCUGCAAUGCAUUCGCGAAGGGCAAGGUGGACCACCACACAAUUCAGCAAGAGAUCUGCGCGAUGAUGGAGAAGAAGGACCAGCAGCAGAUCGUGCGCACGGCGCUGUUUUACGUCCUGCACGAGAUCGCUAAGAAGCUGAAGGGGCGGCAGGGCAUCUCCCAGCUGGUGCUCAACGUCUUGCUCACGAUGCAGGAGAUGAAGACCAUGGCUGCAGACGAGCGGCGACAUUACGCCGACUUCAUCUUUAAGCCUCCCAGCAAGAUCCAGGGGGCGCGGCCCCCCAGCCACUUCGUGGAGCUGGAGGCCUCCGAGGAGGACUGGCUCGAGACGCUGCGGAGCUGGGAGCGCCGCAUGCGCACGGCCGCGGCUCCAGCGGUGCCAACGGCUCCGCCGGCUUCGGCGGCUUCGGCGCCGAAGCCGUCCCAGGCCCCGGAGUUCACGGAGGCUCAGGUCAAGAGGCACCUGCUGUUGAACAUGAAGAACGAGCUGUGAAGCUUCGCUGGGUUGAAGCAUUGCGCCGUUUUGCGUGAGGGAGCCGCCGGGUGCCAAGUCGCAGCUGCGAACCACUCC